GGAAGAUGAGCACAGAGGAUGCUGGCAACGGGACCUCUCCCACCCCACCUCUCCUUGGGCUUCUGGUUUCAACCACUGAGCUGGUCCCACCCAUUACCGCAUCCCCUGAGAAGGCAGACCCGCUGGCCAUCAUCAUCGCGCUCAUCUGCAUCUUCCUCCUCCUGGCGACCUUCCUCAUCUUUGUCACCCUCUGCAAGCCGGCGGCGCUGGACCAGUCCCGCUCCGGGCCCCGCGAGUGCAUGCCUCAUCACCCGGCGGAUACCAGUGAGCCCCAGCUGAGGCUCUGGAAGCGACUGGGCUCCCUGCGAUGCUCCAUCAACACCUUCAGGAGGAGUCGGCCGGUGUCCCAGAGCCAGCUCGCCUCUCCCCUGCACACCUCCAGCCCUGGGUGCAGAGAUUACAGGCAGAUUCCUGACCCCGGAGACAGACGCGGUGCUAGGGGCAUCACAUCCACCGUGCCACGGCACAACAGGUGA